AGCCUCCGUGAGCCAGUUUGGUAAACAGUCCCUCAGGAAGGCACUGGAAGGAAUAAGUAGGGGAGACAUGACCGAGCACAAAAGUGAGAGAGAUUCUAUCGGGAUGAGUAUGAAGGGAUGCCAGAUAAAUAAUGGGUUUAUCCAAAAUGAAGACAUCCCAGAGAGGAACUUGGAUCCAGGCAGCUCCUCUAACACCGCGCAGCACAACAACGUGAGCAUCGCAGGCACCAACGAGCCUGACUUCAAGGCCCUCCGGCCCUACGCAGGGAUGCCCAAGGAGGUACUAUUCCAGUUCUCAGGCCAAGCCCGCUACCGCGUGCCCCGGGAGAUCCUCUUCUGGCUCACCGUGGCUUCUGUGCUCCUGCUCAUUGGGGCCACCAUAGCCAUCAUCGCCAUCUCUCCAAAGUGCCUGGACUGGUGGCAGGAAGGUCCCAUGUACCAGAUCUAUCCGAGAUCUUUCAAAGACAGCGACAAGGAUGGGAAUGGAGAUCUGAAAGGUAUUCAAGACAAACUGGACUAUAUCAGUACUUUAAAUGUGAAAACUGUUUGGAUUACUUCCUUUUUUAAAUCAUCCCUUAAAGAUUUUAGAUAUGGUGUUGAAGAUUUCCAAGAAAUUGACCCUAUUUUUGGAACAAUGAAAGAUUUUGAGAAUCUGGUUGUGGCCAUACAUGAGAAAGGUUUAAAAUUAAUAAUUGACUUCAUACCAAACCACACCAGUGAUAAACAUGCUUGGUUUCAAUUGAGUAGAACACGGAGUGGGAAAUACACUGAUUAUUUUAUCUGGCGUGAUUGUGCUCAUGAAAACGGCAUAACUGUACCGCCCAACAACUGGUUAAGUGUAUAUGGAAACUCCAGUUGGCAUUUUGAUGAAGUGCGAAAGCAAUGUUAUUUUCACCAGUUCACGAAAGAGCAACCUGAUCUAAAUUUCCGAAAUCCUGAUGUUCAAGAAGAAAUAAAAGAAAUAAUGCAGUUUUGGCUUGCAAAGGGUGUUGAUGGCUUUAGUUUUGAUGCUGUUAAAUUUCUUCUGGAAGCAAAGCAUCUGAGAAAUGAGAUUCAAGUAAAUACAUCUCAAGUGCCGGACACGGUCAUUCGCUACUCAGAGCUGCACCAUGACUUCACUACCACGCAACUGGGAAUGCAUGACAUUGUGCGGAGCUUCCGGCAGACCAUGGACCAAUACAGCAGGGAGCCUGGCAGGUACAGGUUCAUGGGGACCGAAGUCCACGCAGAGAGCAUUGACAAGGCCAUGUUAUACUACGGACUGCCAUUUAUCCAGGAAGCUGAUUUCCUUUCAACAGCUACCUUACUACGCUAGACAUGCUCUCUGGGAACACUGUGUAUGAGGUUAUUUCAUCCUGGAUGGAAAACAUGCCGGAAGGAAAAUGGCCUAAUUGGAUG